AAAAAAAAAAAGCUCUGCACACGGACCAAAGUCUUGUGGUAGCUCUUGCAACAUAUAAAUUUCACUUCUUUUCCCCUUCUUCCGAUCUUUAAACUACUCAACUCACAUCCAAAAAGUUAAAGUAAAAAGGAAAUACAAUAUCUAUACAUACUUAAAAUAUCCAUCGCUAUAUUGACUCCACUCAUGUCUUCCCCUCCGCCCCAUAUCGAUAUUCCAGUCCUCAUUUCUGGUGCUGGUCCUGCUGGUCUUUUUGCAGCCAUUCUGCUUACAAAAUUAAAUGUCCCAUGUCGAGUGGUCGAGCGCCACCUUAAAGUCUCCCCUCUCUCCAAGGCUCUCGUGGUCCAUUCACGGACGAUGGAGAACUUUGCGAUGUGUGGUAUCCUAGACAGGUUCCUAGCUCAAGGAAAGCGUGUAUCCGAGUUCCAUGCUUAUAAUGGAGCCAAGCCUGUCGCAAUCAUCCCCGCACUCACCACUAAGGAAUCUCAUUACGGCUUUGGAUUGUUUUUAGAGCAGCUCAAAACGACCAAUAUUCUAACAGAGGAAUUGGAAUCCUUGGGGAUGAAAGUCGAUCGAGGAUGGGAAUUGAUGGACACAAAAGUUGUGGAAGAUCCGGAAGACAAGACUCGAUCAUGGGUCGAGACAAAGAUCCGUCGAGCCUUGACCGGAACCAACAUUCGGGAGACAGAGAACAAAGUGUUGGGCGUAGUUGAAGAAGAUCCAGAGGAGGUAGGCAAGCAGUAUGAAGUCCAAAUCGUACGAUCUCAGUACCUGAUUGCCUCCGAUGGCGGCAGAUCUGUAGUGCGCCACAAGUUGAACAUCCCAUUUCCAGGAAUAACCCUGGAUAACAACAUUCUCAUUUAUGAUGGAAAUGUUGAGUCGGACUUUCCCUUUGAGAACAUUACUGUUGUGAAUGGUGCAAAUAAUCAUAUUAUGGCAGCGUUCCCACUGCUGGAUGGACAAAUCCGUAUCAUACUCGAUAACGGCACCUUGACUCCAGAACAACAUGCUGCGCUCAAAUCUGAGGAGCCGACAUUGGAAAAGUUCCAGGAAUUGGUAUCAGCUUGUGUUGCACCUGCGAAACUCAAGUGUCUCGAUAGCAGUUGGUUGACAUACUACCGCGUCAAUGAGAGGCAGGCAGAGCAUUUUGCGUACAAGAACAGGGUUUUUUUAGUUGGGGACGCUGCUCAUGUGCAUUCUCCCGCUGGUGGCCAAGGAAUGAAUUUGGGGCUUCAAGACUCUUUCAAUCUGGCAUGGAAGAUGGCCCUCGUUUUCCAUGGAAAUGCACCUGAAAAUAUCCUUGAAACUUAUGAAAUUGAGCGCAAACCUGUAGCAGAUGGAAUCAUCAAGCUGUCACACAGCAUGAUUGGGAUGGCCAUGGGCAACGAUUUUAUUACGAGAACUAUCAGGAAUAUUGCAUUUACUAUAGCUCCAUACGUUGCUCCUUAUCUCACUACUCUCUCUCCCGACAAUAAUCCGGUUCCUAUGCUGAAGAUUAGGUACCACGAAAAUGCCAUCAACCAACGUUCAAAGUCACAGAUAUCUGUCUCCGAGGACUUCCAAGUAGGUCAGAGAGCUCGCGAUGGUGAUUUACAGGUCAUCGAGAAACAGGAUCUGGGGUACGCGCCGGUGGAAGGCGUGGUUGUGCGACUUCACGAGUUGAUGCCUGGUCCAGGUAUUUUCCAUAUCCUGGUCUUUACCUCGGACAACUUCCUCUCACCAAAGCCAGCGGCCAAAAAGAGUACCCCUGAGUCUAUCGAUUCAGCAGAAGAACUAUCCAAUGAGAUCCGGACCCAUCUUCAGGCCUGGGGGUCAAGGUGGGCAUAUCCUUUGAUUGAUUCAAAUACGGAUGCGGCACAUCAAGCGGUGAAUCAUAACGAUUCUGGAGCAUCAUCACCUGCGCGGUCGUCAGCAGCGAUCCCCUUUGAACCCAAAGUAAAAUCACUAUUUAUGGCUCAUGUCAUUAGCUCAGUUUCGCAGUGCCAUGGUGGACAAAAUGGUAUCAAUAGGGUUAAUCAGCAAACACAAGCACAGGGCAUCAAUGCACUCUUGGUCAACAACCCAGGAGAGGGCAAACUGUACUUGGACCAGACCGGGCUGCUGCAUCAAAAGUAUGGAGUGGAUGCUAAACAUGGACCAGGAGCCAUCAUUGUCGUCAGACCGGAUUCACAUAUUGGAUACCGCGUCCUUGGUACCAACAAGGGAUCAUGGGAGGAAGUUGACCAAUACUUUGAAUCUAUUCUUGUUAAGUGAACAAAAAAAAAAAGAAAUGUGUGGGCAAGGAUGUUAUGAACUGUCUUUUCACAGAGCUAGUGAAGGAUGAAUAAAUCAAUUUUAAUUUGACCGAAAUCGGUUUUGAUGUGAGGGGUUUAUUUGCGUGGCUGCGCUAUCGAGGUUUAACACCAAGUGUUUAUUUGGAGGGUGAUACCCCGUUUAGUGGAUAAGAAUACGCAAUUGGAGUCUGAGGUGUCAUUGAUUAAUAAAACUGAGUUGGCCUUUCUUAUUAUCCGACUAGAUUUUUUUAAGGUUGCCCAAUAAAAAAGAAAAUGGAAUACGGCAU